UUUGGCACUUAGCUGUCGCCGUAGAGGAGGGAACACCUUAGCAACUCAAAGUUGUUACUGUUGUCAAGUUACCCUUUUCGCUAGAUUUCGCUAUUUAGACCAGAACAGUAAAUGGCGAAAGGAGAUAAAAAGAAUAAAGAACCAGAAAAGACGCUAGAGGCAUCGUUAGGUAGUUUGAACGCCUACACGGCAAGCGCUGGAUAUGAUCCAGUGAUGCAAACUGACGAUUUGACAGCAGAGCAGGAGAAUGAGUUUGCCUCAGCACCAGUCCUGUCACAAACACAACUUAUCGCAGAACAAGAAGGAAAAGCUACCCUGGUCAACACAAUUAUUAAAAGAUAUGAAGGUGAAAAGGUUAAUGGCCUGUUCAUCGGCAACGGGGUCGCACAUUUCCAUGGAGGCCAUGUUUACAAGGGUUUCUUUUCAGAUGGACUAAUGCAUGGGCGUGGCAUCUACAUAUGGGCAGAUGGAGUCAAAUAUGAGGGAGACUUCGUUUCAAAUGUCCCCAUGGGUCAUGGGACCUACACAUGGCUGGACGGAAGCUGUUAUGAGGGUGAGGUGUUCAAUGGAAUUCGUCAUGGAAUCGGAACGUACAAAUGUGGCAAAACCUCUGUAACAUACAGAGGACAGUGGCACCACGGGCAGCGGCAUGGCAAGGGUAUAAUGUACUACAAGCAGGAGGUGACCUCGUGGUAUGAAGGAGACUGGUUCAACAACAGCAGGGAAGGAUGGGGAGUGCGUUGUUACCCAUCUGGAAACCUUUAUGAGGGUCAGUGGAAGAACAACUUCAGACAUGGACAGGGGCGGAUGAGGUGGCUGCAGCUCGGGCAACAGUACAAUGGAUCAUGGGAAAAUGGCAUUCAGCAUGGGGAGGGCACCCACACGUGGUAUCUAAGGAGAGUCCCUGGAACCCAGUACCCGCUGAGGAAUAAGUACACAGGUGGCUUUGUGCAGGGGCUGCGUCACGGUCAAGGCACCUUCUACUAUGCAAGUGGAGCUGUGUACAAGGGCGAGUGGAAGUCUAACAAAAAACAUGGCCAGGGUAAGUUUAUAUUCAAAAAUGGGCGCAUAUUUGAAGGGGAGUUUAUUGAUGAUUAUAUGGCAGAGUUCCCCUCAUUUUGUAUCGAUGGCCUCAAAACCCCUGACCUAAGUGGGAUCCGGACACACACUCCCACCUCCUGUGAAGACGAUGGUCCGAGACCAGCGGUGGAUUGCUCUGGUUGGACCUCAGUGCUUGGGCCGGACAUGACUCUUGAAAUCCACACACUGCUGGACAGACUCCCUGAGGCUCACAGAGAUUUAGAAAUCAAACAGGUGGAGUUUGCCGUGCUGCGGCACAUCUCUGAGCUUCGUGGCAUCUAUGGUUUCUACAGCUGCCUGGGCCUCGGCGAGUCGCCGGACAACACCUUCCUACUGACACGCCUGCAGCUGUGGCGCAUGCUCAUGGACUGUAACAUGCACCUGCAGGGCGUCACCCUGGCCCAGAUGGACCGGCUCGUCAGUGGAGGGGAUAUCCCACCUGAGGAGAUUCACUCUCCUUUCUCCACCAUGUUGCUUAGGACCUUCGUAAGCUCUUUAGUCAUCCUGGCAUUUCACAUGUACCAUAACAAAGUUGGAUCAUCCGGUAAUGGAAUCAUUGUUGCAUGCUUCUCCAAGCUGAUGAGAGAAAACAUUAUCCCUAACGCAAAACAAGUCAAAGGUCUUCUAUUCCGGGACUCAAUGCGAGCAGUGAUUGCUAUGAAUUAUAUCGAUAAAAGCUGGGAGAUUCACCAGGCCUUCUGUCAAUACAACUCAAUCACACACCUUGAGAAAACCAUGACCAUGAGGCAGUUCAUAUGGAUGUUUCAGGAUCUUGACCUAUCUGACAGUGUUCUGACAUCUAGAACAGUCUUGCAGAUCCUGUCUCUGGAGAAUCCAUCGGUCUACAGUGACUCCCAUAGUAAUCUGGAUAUAGAGAUGGUUUUCCUGGAGUUCUACGAGGCGUUACUGGGCUGUGCUGAAGUGAAGAGCCAGAGGGCCGUGCAGUCGCCAGCAGAGAGCCUGAGUGCGGCCACAAGCUCAGUGGCCGCACCGGAUGGAGGGACCAGUCUACAGACCCCCCAGUGCCCCUCACCUCUGGUUGGAUCAGUGCUGAAGUCCUCAAACCAAACAUCAGCUGAGGGGAGCAGCACUAAAUCAAUGAAGGUGAGAAAAUCCAAAGAGAGAGACACCCCUUGCACACCUGAGGUGAUGGCUUGCAGACAGAGCCCAGCAGAUUUGACCAGACCAGGGACCAGUAGCCGUGCAGAGACAGGCCACUGUGAGGCUGAACUGGUCUCGGACACCCUGGUCCAGUCCAUGGCAGCUCUGGAUCCUAAAGAGCCUCUACUGCUGGGGGGCACUGAUGGCGGCGAGCUGGAGAGCUGGAUUCACUGGACACACCAUUUCUUCAGCAAGAGCUUCUUCUCCGCCUAUGAGCACAUGCUGCUGCUGAGGAGGGAGGUGGAGGAGGAGAUGCUCAGGGAGGCGGCCAGUACACAGACCGCUCUCGCAAAGGCCAAAAAGGCAGCCAGGCUACGGGAGCAGUGGGAGGCAGAAGAGAGGCGCAAGGAGGAAGAGGAGGAUGAAGAGGCUGAGAGAGCGGAGGCCCAGGAGGAAGACCACGCCAUCGCCUCAGCACUGACCACGCCUGUGGCCUCCGCCACCUCCAUUGGCCUGCCGAAACACUCCCCGAGCAGCGUCAAAAGCAAGAAGAAGAAAUGAGACCACAACGUCAAUGGAGAAACUAAGUGUUUAUUUAAACCAGUCAAAUAGCAAUGAAGUAAAAAAAAAAUUAUAUAUAUAUAAAACAAAAUAUUUUUCUUUUGUCGCUAGUUGUGAGUUGGUGGGGUAAAGGACAUCAGGUCAUUCUCACAUAAUGCCCGAGGCACGCAGUCCUUCAACUCAACAGGGGUGAAGAGUAACAGGUUUGACUGAACUGACUGCAAGGCAGAAAACAGACAACAAUGCAAUUCAAUUAUUUUAAAAGUUACUUCAUCUAUGAUCAAAUAUGACACUAACAAAUCAAAUAUGACACAUGAAAAUAUAGGACUAAAAGGAAAUCCCUAAUGCUAUCCACCAGUCUCCUUGGGGUGCUGCAGUAAAGAAGAAAACGGGUAAACCUUCCGGUGAGGUGGUGGAAGUAGUAUACCUGUGGUCUUCUGUGUGCUAGUUAGCGAAGAGGCAAAUUAUUUCUCGGUUAUUAUUUACUGUGUAGAGUCGCAAACCUUUAUGGAGAGAUGUUACGGAGCUCAGGGACAACACGUGCUGUUUGUGGUUGUACAUAUAACUGGACUACACUAAUACAUUUUUUUUUUUAACUAAAACUAAAUCGGUGUUCCUACCGAAGAUGGUAUAGUUUCCAUCUCCUCCCAAAAGACGACAAAUCAAAAAGAAUAUGUCUGAAGAACUUAAGACUUAAAAAAGCCCCCCCAAACACAUCCCAUUCGUUAUACUGAGAAGCGGAUGUUGCCAAGACACUAGCUAUUUCCAAAUUGACAUUUCUUCUUUAUUACACUUAUUAUGCAAGGCCUCAUGGGAUGUAGGAAACUUGUGGAUAGAAAAGUGAAUAAAUAAUGAAAAAGAAAGGUGAAGAUUGACUAGUGAUUAAUAUUAACCUGUUCCAUCUGUGGGGUGAAGAGUGGGGACAUCCUUGGUAGUGCUGGGUGGGGGUGGGGGGUGAGGAGGAGUGAAGAGAGUGAAGGUGUUAGAUUCUAAAACAGCUUCAACACCAUUAUAAACCAAACCAGUUAAACUAACACCACAAAGCUGUGAUUCUGAUGUUAAAGGAGCAGUGUGAAACUCUAGGCUUUGAAUGGUCUUGAACACAGACACACAACACUCCUCCAUUGACUUUGUCUAUCUUCAGUUAAUAUUUGACCAACACAGAAUAAAGGCCAUUUUUGACAUUACAUCAAAA